AUGUUGACUAGUAGGAAUAGGGAAGAAGUACGUCUUUACGGUAAAAAUUGUUUGUUGUCGUUUGAAUGCGACUACUCUUUUGCAGUAAAAUUUUUCGUUGCUGCAUAUUUAGACGAGAAGAUGAGCGUCAAUUUGCCAAAUGAGGCAAAACCGCCCGGAGACACCGAGGUUUCAUCGAGCACCAAGGACGAUGUGAUGAAAACGUGUGAAGGGGCUGGGCAGGUAGCCCUUGGAGCAAUGGCAGCGCAACCUGCCAAGAUAAAAAAAAGAAACAGAAGAGGCUCAAAAAAACAGCGAAAACCUCGUUACAAAUGGAGACCAUACCAUAAACUUUCCUGGGAAGAAAAAAGAAAAUUAAAUGAGCGCGACUCGAUACGUGCAGAGCGACGGAGGGAAAUUAUUCGUCGCAAAGGUAGGCCUAUUGCCCCGUACAAUACAACACAGUUCCUCAUGGAUGAACACGACACAUUUGAACCGGACUUGCGGGACCUUAAUCUGGAUCAUUACAAUCAAAGUCCGGCAGCCAAUCUUUCAAGGUCGGACGGGGAGGAAAUGGAAAGUUUCACAUCCGAGGAAAGCUUUUACGAGAAAGACUUCUCGGAAAUGUAUGAAAUAUCUCAUGCAGAAACUCUUCAUGCAAUGACAAAAGAAGAAUUAAUUGAAAGCUAUUUGGAGUUGGAAAGGAAAGUUGAGUUUUUAGAGAAGGAAGUCCGGUCAAAACGAAGUUCAUGCUCGGUAUCAUCAGACUCUAGUGCAAACUUGAAUCCCGGACAUUCUGUUGUAAAAGACAGUAAAAAUAUUCGGGCACAGAAUGAAUUGUCAGAAAAGAACAAAUUGCUUGAAAAGGAAAAUUUAAAACUGAAAGAAGAGCUAAGGACACUUAAAGGAAGUGUGCCAAGUGAGGCGAAAUCAUGACGCAUUUGCGAAAUUUUCUUAUUCAACAAAUUUAUAGUGUAUAUAUUUGUAUUGUUAAUUUAGUUUUAUUGGUUCUCUUUCCAUACAGGAUUCUUCAAAAUAUGUUACCUCAACACUAAGUAGAACACGUUAUGUUUUUUUUCAAUUAUUUUGAAGAAAAUAUUUUCCCCCAAAAUUUUUUAACUGCUCUCUUCUCAAUAAUAUAUUUAAACCCCUUCAGAACUAAAGUCAUACCACACUGACUCUGCAGACUUUUCUUUUGACUGUAAAUUGCUAAAUGUGUAUUGCUUUCUUCAAAAUAAAGCUAACAAUGUCCUAUCUUAUUCUGCCAAAUACAUACAAUCUCAGAUUUAAUGUGAUUACACUGUAAAUUGUUGUAUAUGUGAAUAAUGCUCAUGAUGACAUCUAGAAAAUGAAACUUAUCUCUGUCUCAAUUUUUUGUAUACAUUUUUUCCACAUCUGAAAGGAUUUUUUUAAGCUACCAGAUUUCAGUAUUGCUAUUUGUCGUGUUUCUACUCAUCUACAAGGCCAAUUGGAAGACAGAAAAUUGUUUAAAUCUUCAAAAAGCUGUAAUUAUUUUUAAACUAAAGUAGAUUUCCUACCAGUUAAGGGAAGGGGGGGGGGGUUCUAAAAAGUACUUUAAAGGCUAUCUGAUAUCUUUAAGGCCUAUUUUGCUACCUAUAGUAUGAGUUAUGGUGUUACUUUGUCAUGGUAACAUUGUCAUUGUCAUGGUAAUCUAAACACCAUUGCCUGAGAAAGCCAACCACAGAAAGCUCUCUACCAAGCAAUUCAGUUUUGAAAGUAGAAUCCACCCCCAUUACUUACUCAAUAAUCUAGGAAAAUUAAAAAAUAUCAGAGAAGGCAUGUUAAUCCGUAUUUAUACACAAUUGAGCGAUUGCACUGAUACACUAAUACUUUUGUCAAUCAAAGGGAGGGGGCUUGAACACAGAAUUCUGUGGCUUGAAUCACCCAAUCCAACAAAGCCCCUGCUUGAUUAGGUAAAUCCCGUGUUUUUCUAAACCAGUUCUCACAAAUCCGUGUUACCAAAUUUGAUUUUUUUAGCCUAAAUGGUUCUAGAUUUAUUGGUACAUGGGUAGGAAGUUAUUUGAGAGAGGGAGACAAAAACUGAAUUUCGACUUAGCAUGCCCAUUUUAAGAAGUCACAUCACCAUUUUUCCCAAGUCACUCUUUUACCAUUCCCCGUUUUUGGACCAAGUUGGAGGAUAACUUUAAUUUUUAUCGAAGACUUGCCCUGUCUCAAUAUCCCUGAGUCUCAAAGAUUUCAACUCUACGAAAGGGUGCAGCACGAGGUUCUUGUUGUGUACAUGGCCACUCAAAGUUAUUGAGUUAAAGUUAUUGAAAAUAUUUUCUAACAUAUUAUUGCAAGAAAGUGGGGGGCGGGGGGCUGUAACCCCUGCUAGUUCAAUGGUUGCGCGGUGCCUGUGGUAAGGAGCAUUAUUUUGCAUGGUGGGGUGAACCUCCUGUAGUGCCUAACAUUACUAUUUCAUACUCAAAAUACUUUCAUGAAAACUGCGUUUAUCGUAAUUACAAUUUACAACUUGAACCUACUCUAUCUAUUUAUAGAAAAUCAUUUGUUGAUCUCUAGUUUUAAUGCAAGCAACAAGCAAGUUCUAUUUGAAAAUGCUGCUGGCUCAACAAGAUUUCGAAAAAGCUAAAUAUAAUGUCAGUGGCGUACCCAGGGUUGUAGCACUGGGGGGAGGUCUGGGGCGCAGCCCCUAGAAAUUUUGUUGGGCCACGCCCUUCAAACACUCGCAAAUGCGGGGAAACGCCCUUUUUGCAAGAUUUCCCCCCAUUAUUUGAUUCAGGCUAGCUAUGGCAAAUAGCAAAGCAUUUUACAAUUGUUAUUGACACAAGCAUACAGUAUACUAUUCCCCCCAAUGAGUUUUACAUCGUUUUUGGACAAAUCUCGAGGACCAUAUUUCAGAAAAUUGGGGGGUCCGGACCCCUCCAUUCUCCCCCUUGGGUACGCCACUGUAUAAUAUUGAAUAGAAUGGCUUCUCGUAUUCUAAACAUUAAAUCAUUAAAUUUUUCACCAAAUAUUUUUUCAUGCAUAAUUAGCCUGCUAUAAGUUUAAUUUCUCAAUUUCGUUAAAAACUCUACAUUCCAACAAACGCUGCAUCAAAUUUCUAAAAAAAUAUACGUUCAAGCUAUUAUUUACAGAAACACCGUACUCAAAAAUAGCAUACGAUGGCAAGUAGUCUCAAGUAUUUGGCUGCUAUUUUAUCUGCUCCGUGCUACAUAUUCUAUACUCAUAAAGAAAUUUAAAAUUCCUUGUUUUCAAUAUGAAAAGUUUAGCUUUAAGAGCAAUUUUGUGAAAACAAUUUAAAUUGCAAAUGAAAACCAAAGCUUUCUUAUUGGUAUGAAAUAAUCAAAAUGUCACGAAUGCAAACAAUGACACCAAAACUGAUGUCGUCGAGACACAAAAUCUUUACUUGGUGUGUCUAGAUCUCUAUUUCCCAUUCACAACUUCUAGACGAGAGAUUAGGAUAACAUUAUACCACAUCUCUUUUUUCCAGUCACAACUGUCUUUUCUAGACAAGAGAUUAGGCUAACUCUAUACCACAUCUCUAUUUUUCAUUCAAAACUGUCUCUUCUGGACGAGAGAUUAGGCUAACUCUAUACCUUACAUCCUAGCUAAACACAGAGUAGUUGAAGCUUCAAAGAAAAAUACAUCCUUUUGUUUAAACUUAUCAAUUUAAUGUUAAUAAUCAUGAAUUCUACAGUCUUAAAAAAGUUAAAUCCUGUUGAGAUAAUAAAUACAAAAUUCAUUCUCAUAAACGGCUCGCCAGCAACCUUCCUGGGGAUGAAAAAGGCUAGAAUUUUGACAAUAUCAAUAAUAUCAAACAGCUACAAAAAAUACACUCAAUUUGCCCUGUCGGUGGAAAUUUAAGUCGACGUGGAAAGAAUGGAAUGCCACUUCUUUCUAACCACACAGAUAUUGUUAAUUUUUACAGUUGAAAUGUGUAUGCAGAUCCUAUAUUAUUGAUAAAACAGAUCAGGAUCGAUUUUCCUAAUCUAAGAAAACUGGAUUUGCAUUAAUAUUGAUGUAAGUAAAUGGAUACAUGGACUCCGACGCAGUUUGGAAAGUGGGGGAGGGGGCAUGGAAAAAUUUAACAAUCAUUACAAAAUAUUUUGAAAAAUAAUGGAGGGGGCAUGGCUUCCCCGGCUUCCCUUCGUCGGAGGCCCUGGGAUGAAAUGUCUGCCAAAACGUAUAUGCAUAGUGCAGCCUUAAUAAGAACUGCGAUUGAGCUUGAACUUGCUGCAGGUAACGUAAAUAAUGUUUUAGAAAGCAUUGACGAAUUAAGUAUAAACAAAACGCCUUUUCUCCCAUGUGGAAUGGUUGAAAGGUAUCUGGGGCAACCAACGCUCGGCGAAAUUACGAAAAUUACUCGUUCGUAAAAGAUCCGUCUUAUAAAUACAAAACUCUUACCACUAAAAUAAAACUAAAAUGUUUCUGUUGCUAAUUUAGUCAAUAAACACUCCGCAAAUACACCCGAU